GUUCAUUUGCAUAAGAAUACGUCUUAGCAACGAGAGACGCGACACAGACAAUUGCUAGACAUCGAUGUAAUUAUCCAUUAUUUCAACAAGUUCUGGGAGGAUAUCUAAACAACAGAGGUCAUGACGUCGCUGGAGUUGUUUCCUCCCGUUGACCACAACCCCAAGGUGCCCACGGAAUGGGGGUCAGGCAAACUGAAAGAAAACAUCAAUGCUUGGAAUCGGGGCCAAGGGGAACCGACAUGGCACUACACCGGGAAGCCAGUGAACCAGGACUACUCCCUGACCCAGCUCAAACUCAGCAACAUUCGCAGCAACGACGAAUUAAUACCAAGACCACAAGUAAUGGAAAUGGGAGAUCUGAUGAUAAACAAAGAUUUCCCGGCCGAACACCCUUACAGCUCACACAUCCCGCGCUACGCCGUCUUCCCGACAUUCCAAUCACCGGAAGACGCAAAACGGGGAGUGCAGGCGCGCCGAGAACAGCCGAUAAAUGCCGAAAUGCCAGCUACAGCUUAUGAUGUCCAAAUUGUACACAAAACCAAAGGAUAUGGAGAUCGUAGGGAGAUACAAUAUGUUCCAAAAGAGUCUGAGAAGCUAGCACUGGAGUGGUCCGGCGAAGAGGGAUUCCAUCAGUUGGUGAAAGCCAAGGGAGGAAGACAACAGUAUUACCCAACUCCUCUCAAAGUUGUCUGUCCAAACCUACAAGAUCGCGCGGAUAAACUGUCUGACAAGUCGGCCAAUGCACUGCGCAACAUUGAGCGCAACCAAUGGCAGACGACGUACGAUUUGAACAACACCGGCCUGGGUCCUCUGAAUCCAAUGAAGUUGGAUAAUUUGGAUGACAAGAGACGCGCCAUGGAUAUAUACGGCGUGGAGGAUAAUAAACUGUAUCCAAGAUCAACAAACACCUUUGAUCCGCCCCGCCCGUUUGAGGGAAGGAUUGCCCGCUCUAUCAUUCCUCGUCCACCACCCCAGAAACCAAACCCCACCGAGGACGAAAACACAGAUUAUGUCCCACGUAAGACCCUACGUGAGCGAGAGGAACACAGACUGUGGAACGGAACGGAGUAUGUCAAUCUCCCGGAUACCAACGAGGAGCAAAACAGGCACAUGCAGCGACUGCGGUGGAAGGAGUUGGAUGACGUCGCUCAUCCCAGACCUAACCUGGAAGGUGUCAGUCAACAGAAAGAGCGCCAGCCCGCGGACAACAUUCCCUGUCCCCCAGUGGUCGGCGUGCCCCAGGACACAGCGGAAAACUACCUACAAUCAACCAAGCAAAGACAGGAUGAGACAUUUCAACAAGUAGAGGCUCAGAAUAGAUAUGCAGUACUAGAGUUAGAGAAGCCACACCAUGAAAUUUCGGCAUUGAACCAUAAAAUGCAAAAGGUCCACGAAGGCGAAAAGCCGCGUACUUUUUACGGACACGAAGGGAAAUACAACGAAGAACGUGCAGGCCUGUAUAAAACAAGCUACAUUCCGGAAGUCCUCGCUCACUCAAUGAACGACCUCGAAACGAGUGGACCGGAAAUCAUGAAUACAAUGCACAGCCAUGUUGAUGCAGCGUACUUGCCAACGCAAUUAAGUCGGGACAUGAAAGAUGCGUUUCGAGGCGUGCGCACACUAAGUCUUAGUCAGCCCAAUCUUGCAGGGGAUAGACGAGAGAGUAGAGAAGUUAUCUUACCACACAAUGAACUCAAGAACGUUCAAAAACGAAUCCUACAGCCAACGGUAGAAAAUGCAAGAGUCAAAGUUCAAGAAGGGGAAACUGUUCUAACUGAGAGUAACAUGGGUGAUAGUUUCAAUACUCAUAAAUUCCUUCAAGAUUACAAAAUCACACCAGCUGCCAGAAACGAACCUCUAAAUCUGAUGUCUGUGGAAAAUAGUAAAUUAAAGAACGUACGGUCGGCUGCUGAGUUGAGAAAUAGAAACGGAUUGUCCAAGUCUGUAUCGUUUUCGGAUAGUGUGACCAUCGCCAGCAGUCGAGAAGACGGAAAGUUCCUCACCUUUAGUGCCGCGAUGGCAGAAGGAAAGGAAAACAAAGCAGGCGAUAAGGCAAACACGACCCAAUACUUGAGCACACAAGCAGAGUACCGGAAGGACAACGAAGGGUCCGCCAGACGACCCCAGCCUACCUUCCUGAUGCCUGAGCCUGCUCCUGUUAUCAAGGAAAGCACCCAGAUGACAAAUGACGUAGAACUUUCUCCCCGCCGACCCAGAAGGAGGCCUUUCUCAACCACAGAUACAGAAUACAGAGACGAAUUUGGUAGCUUGUCAUCAAACUUCGCUCCGUCAAACCUACGUCAUUCAUAUACUUUCCAAACCGCUUACGAAAGCCAGUUCCCGAAAUACCAUCACAUAAGUUAUAAAAGCGACGACAGAUUUAAGUGGGAACCUGGACACGGGGUGCCAAGACCCCAAUCAACGUUGCUUGCUAUCCAGGAUCAUUUCUCUAAGUCGGACAUUAGGAGAAACUUCCACGGCCAGUUUAGGGAGCAGAACCCGGAUCUUAGGAUGAAUAUUAUCAGUGGUAAAAAGCACGUGUUUGACGGCAUGAAUGCACAGGUUCUACACGGGUGAUCGCUCAGGGCCAAAUAGACCCUGAAAAGACUGAAUUGUAUUUAUAUUAAGUGUAGUCAUUUUGACCCGUUAUAGAUCACAACAUUGUUGUACAGUAAACCUUUUUCUUUUACUUCAAGCAUGUGAAUGAUAUGACUGUGAUGUUUGGUUGGCCGAUGGUCUCUUCUGUUUCUCUUUCGAAAAAAGGAAGCGACACAAGGAAGAUCAUUUCGAUCUACACUGGUUCUUGAGCCGAUGUCAGUAUUAAACUUAUCGAAGGUUCUAUGACGAAUGUUGGAAGAUUAAAAAUCAGUAUUACUUUGUUUUGCAAUAUGCAUUCUAUUUGUUAACUUUUUGAAGAAGUAUUUCUAUAUAUUUAGAUAAUGUUACAUGACUGACUUGCUCAAAGGUUUCUUGUUCCAGAAAGUUUAUAACGUUGCAGUUUUAAAGAUUUUGAUAUAUAUGUUGUACAAUAUUAUUAUAAAGAGGUUUAUGUGUCUUUGAAGAAUGAUCAGUAUUUCUAAACGAUUUGCUCACUUUUACUGUUAAAACUUUCCUUUUUGCACUUCCCAACCUAUGGGAACUGUGUUGCAUAUUUACUGUUAAUUUUUCCUUUUGUGUUUUGGAGUAACGCCCGCAGGCGAUGAUUCUAUUUAUUAGGCUAUCUUGUGAAAGCUUUGUGUGCCAAAUUCGUUUCCGCUUUUCGUCAAAUGUUUUCUUCUCGUUGUAUCUGUGUUACACAAAUUUCAAUAAAAUGUGGAAAAGAU